AUGACAACAUCAAUUGAUGUUGUUGCUUCCGUUUUACAGAACGCCAUUUGGACGGCUCUCAUACCUCAUAGUCCUUUGAAAAGUCGAGCCCGAUCGACUGAAGCCCUCUCGUUUGAUUUUGAGCCUUACUUGGCCGAAAAGUUGGACUUUUGUUUGGACCCAUCUGCUCGGCCACGGAAAGCCGAAAUUUGCAAGUUUUUCCUGCGAGGCACGUGUCAGCGUGGUAACUCGUGUCCGAUGAACCAUGGAAAAUCCGAUAAGGCGCUUUUGUGCAAGCAUUGGCUUCGCGGGCUAUGUAAAAAGGGAGACCUUUGCGAAUAUCUGCACGAGUACAACCUCAAAAAGAUGCCAGAGUGCUGGUUUUUCUCAAAGUAUGGAGAAUGCUCAAAUGCAGAGUGCCUAUUUCUACAUAUCGAUCCCACCACAAAGCAAAAAGAAUGCGUGUGGUAUUCUCGGGGAUUUUGCAAACAUGGUCCUACUUGUCGCAAUAAGCAUAUAAAGAAAAUGGCAUGUUUCCAUUAUCUAACGGGCUUUUGCCCCGAAGGCCAGCGCUGUCAAUGGGCACAUCCAAAAUUUGAUGUCCCUGCCUCGGCCUCCACGUCUGCAAAUAUUAUAGCGUCAUCUUCUUCGUCAUCUUCUUCGUCAUCUUCCUCAGGCUACCAUGAUGCAAAAGCGAUCGCAGUGUAG